AUGUUCCGAAGUGUGAUCGGUCGCAUCGUUGCAAGUGCUGCAGGAGUGCAAGUAUGCGCAGCCGGUGUCGCGCUCACAGAUAAGCAGCUCUCCAGAAAGCCCGACUGGUACCAGAAGGAUGUCCAUGCGUUGGAAGAUUCUCUGAAGAAACUUGGUCGCCACGGUUUCAAUACUUCACCAUCUGCUGUGAACGAAUCCUAUGAAACUCUUAAAAAGUAUGCUCACAUUUCUAAUGUCGAAAUACAUUGGCGAAUGGCUCGGGCCCUUCUCGAAAAGUCAUACUUCACCAAAUGCCCCACUGAAAGGGCACAUCUUGUUCAUGAGUAUCAUAGACUGACCACAAGUGGUGGCAAAAAUCAUACAAUUUGUAUUACUUGUCGUCUUCUUGGCCGCUCGAGGGGGCCAUUGAUGUCUCGAAUCGUCACUGUCGCGAGCCAGUGUAAGCUGGUGGAUCCUAAUCGCUCGGUGGAUACAAGGAUAUCAUUCCCAUUGGAGGUCUCACCCGAAAUCCCGACCAUCGCACUGGCGGAGAAUCUGCUGUCAUUUGACAUAACUGGGAAUUAA